UUAUCUGACCAAACAAUUAAAAUCUCAUACGUAUACAUAAUUAGUAACAAAAUGAACGUUGGAUAUUCAUUGACAAUAACUUUGGAUUUUGUUGAUGAUAUAAAUCAAUAAUUGUCCUUCACAUAAAUUAAUAAAUAGGGUCAAUAAUACUCAUUAGGGGUGGUCCUUAACGUCCUUCAACGUCUAUUACAACUUCUUAUCUGGUUAAAGGCCCAAGGGAAAAAAAAUGGGCCUUACUUUUUCUUUAAUCUACAUUUAAAUCUGAAGAGGCCAUAUUGAUGAAUUAUUGACUGGCCCAUUUUAUUUAUUUAUUUAUUUUAACGAGAAAUCUAAUUUUUUAUUUUUAUUUUUAUUUUUUUGGCUCAUUGCCUUCAAACCAAAAGGAAAGGACUUUGCCAUUUUGCCUUAUCCUAGAGGAAUAGUGAGCAGAAAUCAGGAAGAGAAUGCAAGCAUCAGUCCACCCUAUAACAUGCUAUGUCCCCUUCUUUUCUCCCAUUCAUCAGGGAAAUGGUAGUAUAAAUGUACAUAAAGCUUUAUUGCUCAAAGACAUCAUCAUCAAUGGAGAGCCCUGAAAAGGGCAAAAAUGGUAAUUCAGAGCGAUUAUACCUUGGAAUGGACUUCGGUACAUCAGGGGCUAGAUAUGCUCUCAUUGAUAAACAAGCCCAAAUUCUUGCUGAGGCCAAGAGAGAAUACCCUCUUUAUUUGGAUGGAGGAUCUGUUAACUGGGCGCGCUCAUGGAAAGAAACACUUUUUUCAUUGCUUGGAGACGUUCCAGUACAUCUUCGACCUCUUAUUGCUUCCAUUUCCAUAGAUGGCACUUCUGCUACAACUAUGAUUGUUAACAGCUCUACAGGGGAACCAUUAUGUAGGCCUCUUUUGUAUAACGAGAGUUGCCCGGAUGCUUUACCAGCAGUUAGGUCCAUAGCUCCCCCAAAUCACACAGUCUGUACUGGCUCCUCUACACUGUGCAAGCUGGUUUCUUGGUGGCAUUCUGAUAGCCAGAAGAAGGAGUCUGCUGCAUUAUUGCAUCAAGCAGAUUGGUUACUUUGGCUGCUUCAUGGAAAAUUAGGCAUCUCGGACUACAACAAUGCUCUGAAGGUUGGUUUUGACCCUGAGAUUGAUUCUUAUCCAGCUUGGCUGCUGUCACAACCUUACUCGAGCGUUUUGCCUUCUAUUAUAGCUCCAGGAUCUGCAAUAGCAAAUGUCAAAGAGGAUGUCAGAAAAAGAUUAGGUUUCUCUGAGGAUUGCGUUGUUUGUGCUGGAACAACUGAUAGCAUUGCCGCGUUUCUUGCAGCUCGUGCCACAGAACCAGGAAAGGCGGUAACCUCUUUGGGUUCAACCCUUGCAAUCAAACUACUAAGUAAAAGCAGGGUCGAUGAUGCGCGAUUUGGAGUAUACAGCCAUCGGCUUGAUGAUAUGUGGCUUGUUGGAGGAGCUUCGAACACAGGAGGGACUGUCUUGAGACAACUCUUUACUGAUGAGCAGCUGGAGAAGUUGAGCGAGCAGAUAAAUCCUGCACUACCUUCUUCUCUGGAUUACUACCCUUUACCAGCGGUUGGGGAGAGAUUUCCUGUAGCAGAUCCCAACAUGCAGCCUAGAUUACAUCCGCGUCCUGAAAGUGAUUCUGAUUACUUGCAUGGUGUUCUUGAAUCCAUUGCACGCAUAGAGGCAAAAGGUUAUGGCCUACUUAAUGGGGCAACUGAAGCUGAUGAAGUUUACACAGCUGGAGGUGGUGCGAAGAAUGAUAAAUGGACUAAAAUUCGAGAGAGAGUGCUUGGUUUGCCAGUCAGUCGCGCUGUUCAAACAGAAGCUGCUUAUGGUGCUGCUCUAUUGGCGUUGAAGGGUGCUAGAUAAUUAGGAAAUAAUCUAGCUUAUGCCUUACUACCACUGCUAGUGUAACUUGAAGUCCCAAAUUAGGACUUAGUCCUUAUCCUUUCUUGAAUUUGUGACUUGUGAAUGAGUGCUCUAUUUUUUGUGGCUCUCUCUCUCUUUUUUUUUUUAGCAUACUAAGUUUAUUUUGUUAAAUUUUCAUCUGUGUUGCUUUUAAAAGGUACUAUGUAGUUAAAUCUUCGGUAAAACAUACAAUUUAAUUAAAUAAAUGGUUGUUUGAUUUGAUAAGAAUAAUAAAAAAUGAGAAGUUGUUUGGUUGACAAAAACAUAUGUUUUCUAAGAAGUUUUAUUUCAUACUUUUUAAAUUUUUUGUUUUUUUGAUAACUUCAUACUAUGUAAUCCUACUUCAUACAAAUAAAGUUGUUUACCAAGUUC